AUGUUCUCUGCCGCCAGCUCCAUAUUUCGUCGCCGCCCGAACCCCGCGGUGGCCGCCCCUCAGGCCAGCUCCUAUGAGGUGCCUUUCUACACCAAUGCUGCCUACUAUCCAAAUUGGAGGAUCUACCAGAAACAACCUCCGUCAUCCCUCCGACUGGGGUUCAUCUCGCACGUGUUUUAUGCAUUUGCCUGGGUGAAAGAAGAUGGCACCGUUUAUUUGAGUGAUGAGUGGGCCGACACACAGAUGCCAGUAGACGGAACGGAAGGUUGCCUGCGGGCAUUUGUUCAACUGAAGCAGCAAUACUCCAAGAUGAAAGUUAUCCUCUCUGUUGGAGGUGGGGGCAAGGGCAGUGAGAACUUUGCUGCCGUCGCCCACAAUCGCUCGCGAAUGGACACCUUCGUUCGGACUGCCAAGGGAUUGGUCGACCAGUUCGGACUGGAUGGCAUUGAUGGUAUAGCCCCACGAUUACUCGUUACCCUGAAAUGGAAGGCUGAUGAUUUAUAUCGCACAGUUGACUGGGAACAUCCCGCAGAUGAAAGGCAGGGCAAAGACUAUAUCCGUCUCUUGGCCCGGCUGCGUGAAGUGCUUCCUGCUCCGCGAUACGUACUGGCUUCUUGCCUCCCCGCUGGCCAAUGGGCACUGCGCCAUAUCGAUCUUGCUGCUGCUCAAAAGUAUCUGGACAUGCUGAAUCUCAUGGCCUAUGACUUUGCCGGUCCCUGGGAACCCGAGACGGGCCACCAAGCGCAGCUGUACGGGUCAGCAUCUGCCCUCUCGGGCCAGUCAGCGAUCUCGUAUGUGCUGGCACAAGGGGUCAAUCCCCAGAAGAUCAUUCUCGGCGUUCCGGUGUAUGGGCGGUCGUUUCUAGGCAGCAAUGGACCCGGUCAGCGAUAUACCGGGUGCGGAGGCGAGGACGGUGUGUUCGACUAUCGUGAGCUGCCAUGCCAGGGGGCCAAGGAGUUUCAUGACAAACAGGCCGGCGCAGCGUACUGCAUUGGCGACGCCGGUGGGUUUGUGACGUACGACACACCAGCCACGGUGCAACAGAAGGCCGAGUUUGUCACCACAUCGAAGCUCGGAGGACUGUUCUACUGGCACAUUUGCUCGGAUGCUCGGGGACCGCGUAGUCUAAUUGAGACAGGUUACAAUACACUGCAUGAGAUGUGA